GAAGAUACAUUUGAGCGCCAGGAGCGCCAUCAAGGCUGUUGUUCGUCCACGCGAUCUUUGUAGUUGAUAAAAAAAAUUGGAUUUACCGCUAAAAAGAGUAACGUUUUUUUACCUGGCCACAUCUCAUUCCCCCUCUCAAGAGCAUGGGUGACAGUGACGAAGAGUACGACCGGCGACGUGGAAGGGACAAGUUUCGACGGGAGCGGAGCGACUACCAGGAACGUCGUGACGACAGGAGUCGGGGCCGCGACGACUGGCCAGAGCGAGACUCGUGGAGCGCGCGAGAUGCAAGGAGCCGCCGAGACUAUAGGGAUUAUGACGUGAGGAGUCGGCGCGGGGAACGCUACAGCCCUCCACGGCACGACAUGAGUCCACCCGUGAAGCGCAUGCGGCGAGACUGCAUGGAUUCCGCAAGUCUUUUUCGUACGAGACCCAGGGAGGACCGUGGUGUCUAUGGUGGCUUUGAAGGUGGGGGCUUCCCUGUGGGGGGCCACCACCCGGGGGCAGGGGGUCCCUGGGGGGGUGGCCCCCCGCAGGACAUGGGCGGCAUGGUCCACAUGGCAGCCGCCCAGCACGCCGGGGGUUACGCGCACAACAUGGCCGCAGGAGGCCCCCAAAGGGAACCUGAAGGGGGCAUGACCCAGCCUCCCAUGAUGACCUUCAAGCAGUUCCUGGGCUCUCAAGACGACGGCAUUGACGAUCAGGAGGCCGUGCGGAAGUACAACGAGUACAAGAUGGACUUCCGGAGGCAGCAACUCAACGAGUUCUUCGUUAACCACAAGGAGGAGGAGUGGUUCAAGUCCAAGUACCACCCAGAAGAGUUUGGCAAGCGCAAGACGGAGCAGAUGAACGCUCUUCAACGCCGGCUUGGCGUCUUCCUCAAGCUGCACGAGACCGGCUGGAUCGAUGCCGUCAGCAUCGACGUCGAGAAAUCGGAUCGCAUCGUCAGGCUGCUUGACGCAGUGGUGAUUCUUCUGGAAGGAGGGACAGAGUACGACCUGCAGGCCCUUGACGAGCCGUACCAAGAGGAAAAGCCGGUCGAGACGCAGCAGUUCCCGGCCGUGAGCGGCCCAAAGGAGGAGAAGGGAACUACAGAGAAUGCCGAGGUCAAGGAGGAGCCCACACAGCCCAGUGAGGCAAGCGAUACGCUGCCCUCACCCGACCACUCGGAAGGAACCCGGGAAGAUGAGAGUCAGGCGAAGAAGGAGGACGAAGACUCCAAGUCUGGACGAAAAUCCCGCUCCCGUUCCUACAGUUCCAGCGACCAGAGCAGCUCCGACUCAGACUCGGACGACAGCCGCAGUGAGGACGACCAGGACUCUGGGGUUCCCGGGGAGGAGAGUGGAGGGGAGACAAAGAAGCGCACCAAGAAGAUGAAGAAGACCAAGACAAAGGUGCGGCCAGCAUCGCCCGAGAGGAAGGAGGGCAAGGAGGAGAAAGCCAAAAAGGAGGAGGACAGGUCCGAGGACGGGGAAGGGAGUUCCAAAGCGGAGGACGAGGAAGAAGCCCGUCCGGAUUCGACGGAGGCGAAGGAGAAGGUGGAAGGGGAGGAGGAGGAGGACAAGGAGGCCAAGGCGGACAAGAAGGAGGGCAAGGGAGAGGAAGGGGAGGAGAAGAAAGGGGAGGACAGCAAGGGACGCCCCAGGCCCCUGCACAGGACCUGCUCCAUCUUCCUGCGCAACUUGGCACCCACCAUCACCAAACUGGAGGUGGAGGCGAUGUGCAAGCGGUACCCCGGUUUCCUGCGUGUGGCCAUCGCAGACCCCCAGGCAGAGCGGCGCUUCUUUAGGCGGGGGUGGGUCACCUUUGAGCGCACGGUCAACAUCAAGGAGAUCUGCUGGAACCUCAACAACAUACGGCUCCGUGACUGUGAGCUGGGGGCCAUUGUGAACCGUGACUUGAGCCGACGGAUCCGGUCGGUGAACGGGAUAGCGUCGCAUAAGCAGGUGGUGCGGUCGGACAUCAAGCUGGCGGCCCGCAUCGUGCACAACCUGGACGAGCAGCGGGGACUCUGGUCACCCGGUGAUGCGGAGGCCGGCCAGGGCAAGGGCGCCGGAAAGGAGCAGCAGCCUACUGCCGACAGCUUUGGCGUGUCCUCAAAAAACCCACUGUUGAAGAACAUCACGGACUAUCUGAUUGAAGAGGCAUCUGCAGAGGAGGAAGAACUGCUGGGUGGCCCCGCAGACAGAGAGGAAGGCGCCGAGGCAGAAGACUCCACGGCCACCGGUGGUACCAAUCUCGAAAAGGAUGAUGCACUCAUCAAGGUGCUUGACCGGCUGCUGCUUUACCUGCGGGUGGUGCACUCUGUGGACUACUACAACCAGAGCGAGUAUGCCAGCGAGGACGAGAUGCCCAACCGGUGCGGCAUCAUGCACGCCCGGGGAUCCCCGCCCUCUAGCAAGGUUACCCCGCAGGAAGUGUCGGACUACAUCAACCAUUUCGAGACCAAAAUCAGCUCGUUCCUGCAGCCGACGACCAAGCUUACGGACGACGAGGCCGGCCGGCUGGGGAGAAAGGACCCCGAGGCCGAGGUGGAGAAGUUUGUGGCUGCAAACACCCAGGAGCUGGCGAAGGACAAGUGGCUCUGUCCCCUCUCGGGCAAGAAGUUCAAGGGCCCUGAGUUUGUGCGCAAGCACAUCUUUAACAAGCAUGCCGAGAAAGUGGAUGAAGUGCGCAAGGAGGUUGAGUACUUCAACAACUACCUUGUGGACCCCAAGCGUCCUACCUUGUGGACCCCAAGCGUCCCCAGCUGCCUGAGCACCCGGCCAAUCGGGGUGGUCCCCCAGGAGGGGGAAGGGGGGGACCAGACGGCCACGUCAUGGGGGGAGGGGCCCCCUUCCACGGUGGAGGGUUCCACCCGCCACCCCCCUUCGGCUUUGGCAGGGGCCACGGCCCCGGAUUCCCAGGUUUUGGUGGACGGAACUUUCCCGACGUCUACCGCUCUGGCUUCAAGCGGAACAACUAUGGACGCUUCCGCUCAGACCCCCGGGAAGUGAUCGGAUAUCACGAUCUUGAUGAACCGCAGGACUUGGAACUUUUUUAGAGGAAAGAAAGACAAACGAGGGACAAUAGGGAAUUCUCAUGCAAAUUUUUACUUACCAUGUCUGCCGGUUCAUCGGUAAAUACAGCACCUCGGGAGGCGGCUCUGUCUUUUUAAAUGCUUUGUGAUUUGCUUUUACGGUUGCUCUGUAUGUGUGCGUGUGUAUGGGCCGCCUCCCACCGCUUGCAACGGCCAAUCGUGCUCGGCCGUCCAUCGUCGUAACCACCUUGUGUCAAUAAAAAGAAAGGAGCAUGUUCCUUCCCCUCGAUUCCA